UUUGCGCCCGCGCGGGGCUGGCGCCACGUCCGUGCGAAAUGGUAGCGUCUCCAUGGGUGCUUGGCGCGCGACGGCCGCCUUGAGGCCAUGGAACGUAAGCGGUCUUCCCGUCGCGGGCCCCGGGGCGGUCGGGGGGGCCACGGGGGGCAACCCGGGGGACACCCGGAGAAUAAGUGCAAAUCAUGCUGCAGGAAGUUUACGGCGUUUCUCUUCUCGCACGUGGGAUUGUGCGCGCUUGUGGUGGGCUACAGCCUGUUGGGGGCGUUCACGUUCCGAGCCCUGGAGGCACCCUACGAAGUGGAAAAGGCCAGCCAGGUGAUUGAGAUGCGCGAACGGACCGUCGCCAAGCUGUGGGAGAUCACGGAUCGGCUGAAUGUGCUCUACAAGGAGAAUUGGACCGCCGCUGUGUCGCACGAGAUCCUCGACUUCCAGAGCAGGCUCAUCGCGGCUGUCAAAGAUGGAUACGACGGGAAGGAAAUCGGAACGGGGCAGCAGUGGUCCUUCUCGGGAGCUUUCCUCUACUCGCUCACCGUCAUCACCACCAUAGGCUACGGCAACAUUGCACCGCGCACCAAUUGGGGCAAGAUCGUCACCAUCCUUUACGCCAUCGUCGGAAUCCCACUCAUGCUGCUCUACCUUACCAACAUCGGCGACAUCCUGGCCAAAGCGUUUCGCUACGUGUACGGCAAGCUGUGCAGCUGCCGGCCCAGCGACCACCACCAGCGGCGACGUCGCCAGCAGCCGCAGGCCGUGCAGCAGAACCACCACCACCACGGCACCGCCGAGAACUACAGAGUCCAUCACAUCGUGGGUCACAACUCCCUGGAACCCGGCGUGCAGGACAAGCUGCACGAAGACGAAGUGAGGAUAGAGUCGCUUCCAGAUGAAGACCUGUACGAUGACAGUGUUAAGCCUCGUGUCUCGGUGCCCAUCACACUGUGCUUCAUCAUAAUGGUCGGCUACAUAUCCGGUGGUGCUGUUCUGUUCUCGUUGUGGGAGGGGUGGGAGUUCUUGGAUGGUUCGUAUUUUUGCUUCGUAACCUUGAGUACGAUCGGAUUCGGUGACUUGGUGCCGGGCGAUAGUGUGGUGACGGACAGCGGAUCGCAGGAGAAGUUGGUCAUCUGUUCGCUGUACUUGCUCGUCGGUAUGGCGUUGAUCGCCAUGUGUUUUAAUCUCAUGCAAGAGGAAGUAAUUUACAAAGUGCGGAAUUGUGGCAAACGGAUCGGCAUUAUCAAGGAUCCUGAUGAUGACGAUGACUUGUCUUAACGAUCAUUGCGUCGACAGGAUUCCUGUUGUGGCCUCCUGGUACGGGUUCCUUGUCCUUAGUGCAAGUUAUGGAACUGUCUGGAGCAGAGAGAAAGCAAUGACUUCCAUUGCUCAAUGCAGUGUUGUAUCGCUGGUGCGAAUGCAUCUCUUCUUCCGAAGAACUUGCCAUCAGCUACUGCGUCUUACGUAUAUAUGCGAGUAUAUAUAAAGAAACUCUGGAGAUGGACAUCUUCAACAGAGGAUGUUGCCCAAGACCGUACACUCCAUCGUGAUUUAGAUCCUAUUCACUAAAAAGAGGGAAAGAGGGAAAAUAAGACGCGAUUACGUCAGCAGGGAGAUGCUGUCCUGGACUUCUCCGUUCGGGAAUACACGCAGUAUCUGCAACGAAGCUACAAGCAUGACUCGUAUCUUAUGUUGUAUAAGGAACGGAGUCUGCCAAGAAGGAGGUUCCACAGCGGUGACGACGCGCCUGCCCAGUUCCGGUCCGCGCUUGUACGGUCCGAAGUAGAAAGAUGCGGCAGAACAUGAAGAACUUCUCUUACAUCCAUCCACGCGGUGGCAUACGGUGGAACUAAACUAUGAAAGUGACGCGAGGCGACCUGUAUUCCUUGCGUGCCGAAUCCGGACGCACAUAGGAGACGUCUAGUCUCGGGAAAAUAUUACGCGAGACUGUGACCAAUUCAUUCCUUUUCUAUAUGAGACGUUUAGCCGCGAAGGUUUCGCGUUUGUACCGACGGAUAUGUUGUUAUCUCCGUGCGACGAGCAUUGCGCGCAAGAGUGUACAUAGUGUCGUGCAUAUAACGUUACGUUACGUUUCGUUUUCGCUGUGAAUCACGCGACUGGUUAGAGUGAAGCGUGAACGUAUUACUGUUACUAGUCAUCGCCGUUGAGUAUAUGGGGGGCAACAUGAUGCGAAGAAGGAUUUUGCUGGCGGAAAAUUAAAGAAAGUACGUGCGAAAAAUGAAUACAAAAAUAAGUAUGAGUAUUAUGUUACGAAAUAAAGUAUUGGUUGAUAUAGAUGAA